GGAAAACACAGCAGAGGCUAUUGAGGAGAAGAGGGGUGGAAGACUGGAGUUUUAUUUACAUGCUGAAUUUCUUUAAAAAAAAAAAAAAAAAGGAGAAAGAAAAGAAAAGAGGGGAUGAUGAUCUAAAGUGGAGAUGAAAUUAGAUGAAGGAGCCAAUGAAGGUUGAUCAGAAGUGAGAAGAGAAACUUUUACGGAGAAUGUGGAGAGGAAGCGGAGCCAGGAAAGGAGCUGAGGACUAUGUAGGAAUUCCUGACUGAAGUCAUGGGUUCAGAGGCAAUGGAGGACUGUGUGCAGGGGGCGCUCGCAUCACUUUACCCUCCUUUUGAGAGCACGGCACCUCCCCUCUUAUCUCAGGUCUUCUCGGUCCUGGAAUCAACAUACCAACACGACAGUCUUCGUUACCUCCUAGACUACUUCGUACCUGCCAAGCACCUCCUGCACAAACUCCAGCAGCAUGCCUGUUCUCAGUAUCUGGGGUGCUUGUUCCUUCAUUCCGGCUGGCCUCUCUGUUUGGGCGAGAAGGUGGUAGUCCAGCUCUCCACCUUGGACUGGAGGCUUCUUCGCAGUAAUGACUUCUACCUGCAAGUGGUGCCCUUCUCUACACGGUGUCCCAGACUUGCUCUGAAAUGUUUGGCCCCUGGGGGUCGCACGGUUCAGGAAAUUUUGGUGCCAGAGUCACAGCAUCCUCUUGUGUUCACCUCUGAGUGGCUACAUAGUGUCAACAAAGAAAGGGGUCACAAGAGAGAAGUUGGUGGUGGACUUGAUACUUGUCUGGUCAGUACGUGUGAUGGUGUGCUACGACUUCCAUGGAAGGAGGUAGUCUACCCAAAGUUCAUCCACGACCCAUCUGAAGAGCUUGGCCUGAUGGCCAACCACGAAGGGAUGAUAUCCAACCGCCAUCCCAGUGAAGGGGGAAGCAGCCUUGGUGGUUGGGGUGGUUCAUCCUCUGGGGAACUGGACUCCUGGUCCUGGGAUGAAGAAGAAGACGACAAUCUACCACCAGACGGCUUGGACUCUGACCUUGCACUCAGACGAAGGCGUAGUGAAGAUGGGCUUGGGCGGACUGCAAGACAUCCUCAACUUGAUGGGGAUUAUGUGGAGCUUUUGGAACCCAGAGGAGGUCCUGAUGGAGGGGUUGAUCCAAGGCAGAGGUACCUGGAGAUGCAUGGAAUUUGUAAGACCAAGACUUUGCCCUUGUGUAAGAGAGGUAAGGCCAUCAAACUUCGCAAAGGUAAAGCAUGGGGAUAUGGGAAAAUGGAAAGGUCAGGAAGUUUCCAGGCUAUUCUUGGCAACAAAUAUGAUGCCAAGGAUGAUCGGCUACCAAAGCCUUCACCAGGAGUUGCAGAACCUAGCAGAGGAAGGCGGUCUUACUCUUCUUCUGUCCAUGACUCUGAUGAAGUAGAUAAAAUAAGUAGAGGCUCUGAAGGCCUAGAAAACCACCAGCUUUAUUUUGAUGCCCUGUUCAAAGAGAGGAGGCCAGGUGUGGGCAAGGAAAGGGAUAGCAAUGGCUUCACACAACCAUGUGGAAAUGACCACAAAAGUAAAGACUCCCAAAGCAGUGACAGCUUGGUCACAAGUGACAUCCAAUCUAAUGUAACAAACCACAAAGUUGGGCAUGUUGCAGCGGGAUUCUCAGAUCAUGGAUCUCAUUCAGACUCUGUUUUUGAAGAUACUGAUAAACCACUGAGUGACAGUGAUGCUGUCACUCCAACAUCAGAAGCACCAGAGAGACCAUUUACUGGAGUUUCUGAAAGUAAGGAUGUUACUGGCAGUGGGUCUAAUCUGAAGAGUUCAUCUACACCAAAGGACACAGAUAAAAAGGUUGAAGCAAAACUGGAGGAAAGACCGUGUCCUAGAGGAAAAGAAGUUAAAACAGCGGGAUUCAGAGGACCACGAAGGAAAAGGAAGGGAAAGGGGGCCAAAGGGAGGGCUAAGUCUGGUGGCCGUUCAAACCAGAAGGGCUCGAAACCGCAGGGUAAGGCUACUCAACCAAGCCCCACACCCUGCUCUCCAUCAACCAAGUCACCAGUCAAUAAGGAGGACCAGUCUGAGCAAACGGAACAGGCCGAUGAACCUGAUGGAUUGCCCACUGCAACUAAUAAAGAGAAAGAGAAUGCAAAGAAAAGCAGUGCAGAAGCAGAAGCUGAAUGUUUGCCUGUGUGUAAUGGCCAGCCCAGCACAUCUUUCUUUAACCACUCUACUGAAGAGACUGGGUCAGCAGAUACAUGUCCUGGCCAACAAAAUGGUGUUACCUCCAAAGAGCCCAUCCUGCUGAGGGAACUGGAUGCAGAACUACUCCAAACAGGGAAGCUACAGUUGACAGGUACAGUAGACAGGCUGGGCCGUGCUCUGGUGUACACGGAGGCAGAUGUGUCAGAGGAGGGUUUCUGUGUGGAGGAGAUGGCCCAGAUUUUGGCCUGCUACCACAGAAUCACUCAACCUGCAGCCAAAGAAAAAGGCCUAACAGUGUUAAUGGACAGCAGACGCUCUCCCCCUUCUGCUCUCUGCCUCUCUGCACUUAAACUGUUCCAGGUGUUGGUUCCUGGCGGUCUUGGAUCUGUCCUGUUUUUGGUGGAAGAGCAGCAGGAAUCCCCUUCUUAUAAUCUGGAGGGAGUAGAGGCCCACGCAGUGCGGGGAACUGGAGUCCUUCAGCAAUAUAUAGACAAGCAACAACUACCCAAAGAGUUGGAUGGAGAUUUCAGUCACUGUCACUCAGACUGGCUGGCUUUCAGACUGAGUCUGGAGAGUCUGACAGAGCGCUGCGAAAGUGCACUCUCACUGCUUGGAGAAGCUUUGCAGGCAAUGGAGAUGGAGCCAAUGCCAGAUAAUAUAAAGACUGUUCCCCAGAGCAUUGACAAACACAGACAGCUCAUGGCGAAUGUCCUGGCUGAUCAACGCUUGACCGAACUUCAGCGGAGAGGCGGAGCCUGGCUUGCAGGAUUAACAAACUGUUCAUCUGGACUAGCACAGAAGUCACCAGACUGCAGGGCUGCUCUUGCUGCAACUUCUAAACUCUACGACAGCGUGGAUGACGCUCUUCAUCGUCUUGUCCGAGUCUCCAACCAGAGAGGUCGUGAUCUAGAAGCACUUGGACGACUAGCUGGGCUUGUAGACAAACUGGAAAAGUGUGAUAAGGAGAUUGAGCAAGUGCAGUCCCAGCUGGAGGACUACAAGGACCCUCCUCUCUCCCUCAGCAGACUCUCACUCAAACAGCAGAAGUUCAGGACAUUCAGAGAAACAGCUAAUGAGCUGCAUAGUGAAACUCUGUCAGUGCUCAGUGAUUUGGAGGGCUGGUGUGAACUGAACUGGGCAGGCCUCAGCGAUGUCCAGAUCCAACUUCCUCCAGUCAGGGAGAAGUUGAGAGACAUGUCCCACUGUCUGUCAGACUGCUGGACAACUCUGGACAACACACAGAGGCUGCUGUCUACUCUAACUGAGGCCACCCAGUGGUGCGAUGCAGUCUCCUCCACCUCUUCUUCACCCUCUUCUUCUUCUCCCUGCCCACUCGCCUCUCUACCUCCAAUUCCCCCAUCACGUUUCCAAGAUGCGCGGUCCUUGGCCAUAGAGCUGGGUGGUGGGGCACUCUUGGAUCUCUGGACCCAGACUGUAGAGCGCUACCAGCGGACUGUGGCACAGGUCAAACCCCGGUUUCUCCAGUCUGAUAGGACACAGAAUCAGAACCAAGGGAAGCCCAAAACACCUUCUGCCAGCAGCUUGUGGGAUCUGAUGGGCCCUGAAGGAGAGGGUGACUGGGGGCUGGGAGCUGGAGGCGGGGAAGGGGGAUUGCAGUCAUGGGGAUCCCUGGCAUCACUGUUCAGACCCCAGACUUGCUCCACACUGAAGAUAGGAGAAGAUAAAGGGAAUAAAAAAGAAGCAGCAAGAGGAGAAAGUGGAGCUGGAGCAGGAGGAGCUGGAGGAGGGAAGUUCCUGCAGAACCUCCUGAAUCCUGCAAAGAAGAAUCCUACAGAGGCCCCGCUGCCUCCCAAGCCCCCCAGAAAGCGUCACCCAAGCUUUGACCUCCAGGCUCUCCUGGCACCCCGUAGAGGGACAGCCACCCCGAAAUCUGCAGAGUCUCCAGUGUGCGGGUCAAGUCGUAACUCCCCCAUGUCCUGGUUGGGACGACGGGCGUUAGCUGACCCGGUCAUUACCACCGGCAUGGCUGCAGCCAUCCCUGGAUGGGGCAGUGGAGGAGGAGGGGUGUUGAUCCGAGGAGUGGAGGUCAGCAGCAAGGAGGUGGUGGACCACACAGGUUCCCCACGGCAACAUGUCCUGCUGGGGAGGACUGAGAGGGAGACGGGGACAGAUAAGGCUGGCUCAAACGCACAGAGUAAGCUGUACCUGCUCUGGUGCAGGAUGCUGAGCUCAGAGAGGCAGUAUGUGACGAUCCUGAAAGGAGUAGAAGAGACAUACCUCCCCUUACUAGAGCUGGCAGACACCCCGGCAUCCAUCAGAGGGAAGGGAGAGUCACUGUUCCCUAACUGGACCAGUCUCAGUGCCUUUCAUUCACAGAACCUGCUCCCUGCUAUGGAGGGUGCUCUUGUUCAGAGCCUGUUGCAACAAAACUGUUUCAGCAAAUAUCGGGAGCAGUUUUUGCAGUAUUCCCUCUACAUCAGGUCUAAACCCGAGCUGGAUUCUCCACUGGUCAUACAGGCUGCUGACUUCUUCAAGUCCAAACUCCCCCAGGCCUCCCCCCUCUCCCCUCUGUCCUUCCCCCACUGUCUUCAGGCUCCCAUUCAGAGGCUGGAGCAGUACUGCGAAGCCCUCGAGGAGCUGGGAGGCAUAAAUCCUGCCUCAGACUCCGCCCUCUCCAUCCUGAGACACGCCCAGCGGCACGGCGAGGACCUCAGGGCCGGCGACCUCAUCGUUGGAUGUCCGAUCCCUGUGGCGGAGCGUGGUGAGCUGGUGCGGCAGGGUGAGCUCACUGUAUGCGGGGUGCCUCGGAGGAAGAGGGCAGGCAUCAGGAACGUUUUUCUCUACCAGCAUGUGGUGAUUUUCACCAAACAGAAGAGUCCCGGGCCAGGACGCACCACCUACAACUACAAACACAGCAUCAAGACGGGUGAGAUGGGUCUGACUCAGAGUGUCGGUGAUGAAGGUGUGAAGUUUGAAGUCUGGGUUCGACAGCCUCCAAAGACUAGAGAUUGCAUCACGCUGCAAGCACAAGACAGGGAAGACAGGGAGGCCUGGACACAUGACAUUGCCCAUCUGCUGUGGACACAUGCCAUCAAUAACACAGAGUUAUGUCUGAAGGAGUCACUUUGCAUGGGAAUUUCGAGUAAACUCCUGCUGGAUGCGACAGGAACUCCAGGCUCAGAAGUGGACUCCAUCUAUAGUCUGAGUGACAGAGUCCACAGUAGCUGCUCAGACUCCUCCUCUGUCGGCAGUCAGAAGGAGGGGGGAUCCCCGGCGUCUGGGAGGGACCCCAGGACAAGCUGUGGAUCAACAAGCUACUCACAGAGUCACUCUCCCUCUACAGCUGUGUGACUGUCAUCUCCAUCACUUUGAACAUCUCUAAUCCAACGCUUGGUGUGCUAAAACUGGAGUCCAAAGAGCAAGAAGACAAAGGAGAGAGCCUCUGACUCUGUCCGAACUUCUCCCACCAGCUUGCUCUCCUGCCCCCUUUUCCCUUUGUACCCGUCCGCUCUAUGAAAAAUACAUAAAAUGCCAGCAGAUUAGGCAGAGCUGUACUUUCUCCUGCUUCUUUUUAAACCAGAUCCGAUACGACCCCCCUUCCCCUUCAGAUGAAAGCUGCAUCCCAAAAGGAUCAAAAUUGCCCUGUUUAAACCAUGACAAUCACCAGCAGGGCUCUCUGCACUUCGCCAUUUUGGAUCUGCCAGUCUCAGUUGCUGGCAUAGUCAUCGACACCAAAGGCACUUCAGCCACACAGAGCGGCCAUUGUCUGCCCUGCAGCUCCCCACUAGGCCAAACCACUUGGUCUGAACCACUGACUGCCUGGCUGGCUGACUGUACGCAUCACAUGCCCCAGCAUCUGAUAAUAAACAGGAAGUAAUAAGCAGGGUGUAAAUACGGCGUGGGAUUGCAGAUUAAGAAUGUAUUAUGAACUUUAUCAUCCUCAUAACACUGAACGGAGAACUGUCUGCUUUUUUUUUUCUCUCUGUAAAAAAAUGCGUGGCAUAGGCAAGGUGUGAUUGCAUCUAUGUAAAUUAGGCAGCGGUGGUGUGAGUAUGCAUACACACAUCCAUAUACACAAUGUCCCUCAACACACGCAGUCAGUCUUAUUGUUAUAAGACAGUGGAGCUCUGUUCACAUUCAUGUGCUCACACUCUCACUGUGGCCAGUUUCGAGCCUGGUACAGUGGCUAAACCAACACCAGACAAGGUUACGUCUGGACACCUGCGUUAAGCACUGCCUUGAUGAAAAGGAGGAGAAAUUUGCAGAAUCACAUCUGAAAGUUAUACUUUCUGAUAAAGUGUGUACGCUAAUGGUAUUGCUUUUAUUAACAGUGGCAAAAGAAUUAAAGGAAAAUGAUAUUUAGUCUUUUUUUUUAAGUGUAACUUAUAUCAGCAACAUCUUGGUGCCUUAGAAACGUUCUUCAGCGUACUGAUGAGAACUGAAACUGAACUUAAUGCCACACUUGUUAAAUACAGGAUACCAUUUUCUAUAUGCCAAAGCUAUAAAAUGGGUAUCAGUGCAAUUUUUACAUGUACAGAUAUUCUAAGCUUGCUUGAUUGGAACGCUAACUCCAUCAAAUGGAGAAAAGGUUCAUCCGUUUAGUUGCUUUAUUUUCAGUUUAAUGAUUUUGUUUCAGCAGUCAUAAGAAAUUAAUCACAUUUGUUUUGUUUUGUUUUUAAACAGGCAAAUUAUGGAAAUCUACACAGAAUGCCAAAAAAUAUUAAUUUUCAGCAGUGUUUUUUUGUGUUUAAAGGUUAAACCUUGAUAGCAGUCUGUUUUUAAUGCUUGACAUGACAGUUCUUUACCCUCAAUUGUAAAGGAAUUAUGUCUCUAUGGUAAAUAUAAAGCUGGAGGAAGCAAUCAGCUUAGCUUUGCAUGAACUCAGGAAAGAAGGAGACAGAGGUAGUUUGGCUCUGUCGACAGGUAACCACCUAUCAGCAUUGCUAAAGGCCUUUCCUCACCAGGGAUACAAAUGCAGAAUACAGUUAACAUUAGGUAAAGUUCACAAUUAAGCUUUAAAAACAACAAAUGUCUUUAAUGGCCUCCAUAUUUUGUACAAGAGAUAAAAGCAAUGUGGGAAGCAGGAGGCAUGGUGAUGGAAUAAGUUAACGCAUCAUAAUUCUGCAGAUUAGGGUGAGAGUUCGUUGUAAGAUGGCUUUUUUUCCAGUUUGAUCUUAAAUAUACCUGAGAUGAGCAUGAAUUUUGGGGACCACGUUACUCAGUGGUAGAAUGAAACAUGUUAAAAAUCCGUACUAUUGAAGCCACUCAUAAGUUUUUCCUCCAUUGACUGAAGCUGAAAAAAGGCUUCUUGUCACGUCUAGCAGAAUAACCUCCAGGGGCCUGAGCCUGUCAAGGGCUGAGAUUCAUUCAUUCAAAUAAAAAGCAGAAAUGAACUUGUAUAGUCAUUUUCUGUAUACCAAGUAAUGUUGGGCUGCCAAAACCAUAACUAUUGAUUUAACCCUAACCAAGCAUAUCUAACUGGUAACCCCAAUUAAGCCUGAGUAAUGCCUGUAACUGAUCAGAUAGAAGAUAACAGUGCAUUGUUUUUACAACAAAAAAACAAAACUAGCACACCCAAAGAACUUUUUUUGUAUAUUCAUUCUACUUCUUUACUAUCGCCCUGACUUAGUAUGUUUGGGUCUAUAUACUUCCUGGAUUGCAUAAUCUAAUUAUUUUACCCGUUAAGUAUGUCUAUUACGACUUUAGAGUUUGUCCUGCACAAACAAAUAAUAUUGCCAUAAUUUCUAUGGAAAUAGCAGGCCAUUUUCUUUUCUUAUAUUUGUGAAAGUUAAGGUUGGCUUUUCCAUUUAAAUUUAAAUUUAGUUGAUAGGCCAUCUUAUUCUAUAUUUUAUGUAUUUCCUUUAAGUCGCACAUGCAGUUUGGCAAUGUUUAGUUAUGAUAGUGACUUGGCUAGGAGUUGUGAAACAGCUUGACUUUGUACGUAGGUGUAUGACUUUUUGUUUUUUAUUCAGAAAGGCUAAGAUCAAACAUGUUUUUUUUUUUGUUUGUUUGUUUUGUUUUGUUUUUUUGUGGUAACUUAAAACCUUAAGUGCCAAUAUUUUAUCCUCAUGACUGAAGUUGGGUUGGUAUCAAAAUGAUACUGGCAUUAAUGGAAAUUUGUAAGAUUUCCAAGUCUCUCUUGAGAAAAGGCCCUACAGAUUCACACAUCAUCCUACUCAUUCAAACUUAAUCGGUAGGUGUGUCCAAACUUUUGACUGGUACUGUAGUGUAUUACUUAGCUAGCUUAUGUUAGCCAAACCAGCUAUAGAAUGACAUGACUGUUGUCAACGCUACCACUUCAAGAGAGCCAUAUCAAAGGUGCUAAAUCUUGUGAAAAUCUCCAUUGUUCCAAGAAAAAAAAAAAAAAGUUGGAUUAUUUUUCUGCCACAUAAUAAUAAUUAUCACAUACAUGACAAAAACACUUUGACAGGACAUUGACAUGUGAAUGAACCACACAUAUUUAGUGCGCAAGGGUCUUAAUGCUUGCUAAUUAAUGUGUUACGUCUUGAAAUGCAAUCUUUGCAAACAUUUAACCGCAUGAUUUCUGCUGUUAGCUCAAUUAUUGAUUAAAUAACCUUUGGAAUUUAAACCCCAGGUUAAUGUGUUACUAUCUCUGCUAGCUACAUAUGUUUGACAAUAUAUAGUUGUUUGUUGUGGUGUUGAAAGUUGUCAAGUCUGUAAAGUGAAACCACAUAGACAAGGUUGACAUAGUUUUUUUUUCUGGAAAGCUAAAAAAAAAACAAAACAAAGGAAGCUAGCUAGCUAGCUUAGCUCUGCCUAAGGUUGCAGUGAUAGUGGGCCUGAUAUUUGAUACCCAUAUUUGAGUAGACUAAAACAUUUUGGUCAGCUACAUCACUGUAAAAUGUGUUUUUUUAACUACACAAAUAGCUAUCUUCUUGUAGCAUUCAGAGACUCUUCAAAACGUCCAGAUUUUCUGUCUAAUGAGAUUUUAAAAAUUAACUUCCUGUGACAAGUGUUACUCUAAUGCGUUUCAUUCAGAUACUCUCAACUUAAAAUCUCCAAGAAACAUCUAGCUCUGUCACUUACAGUGAAGUAGUUCAUGUUUUAUGGCAGCAAACACAAAGUCAGUAAAUCCAACAAGCACGUAUUCACCAGUGCAUCAAGCAGCGCCCUGAUAAAGGUACAGUACGAUGGCGUCAGGUAGCGAGAGUCGGCAGCAGCUGGAAGUUUAGCUCAAGCAUGUCUGAGGACAGCAGCUGUGGCAAUUUGUCACUGUUAUCAGAUUUAGCACGUUUCAUAUUUGCAUCUAAAUUCAGAAGUUGUAAAUGGCUAUUGAGCUGUUCCUGAAUCAAUAUGUAAUUUGUUGGCUUGGAGAAAUCUGUACACUUCAUAGCCUUUAGCUGUUUGGUACAUAGUGUUAUAUUGGAAGCAAUGUAAUGAACACCAUCUUUCAUUCUUACUGCAAUAUAGAUUGUCAUAUGCUGAAUCUGUCUUUUGUAUGCAAUUUUGAAGCAGUAUUAUUGUAUAGAAACUUUUCACUUGCUCUCUUUUUUUAAAUGACACAAUCUGCCAGAUGUUUACAUUUUUGGAAGCUAUGUGGAAUAUUGAAAAUGCAUGUUAUGCUUACUUGAUAAGUGUCCUUUUGUACUUUUCUGUGUUGAAUAAAACUGGAUUCCAAACCUCA